AUGAGGAGGGAUAAAGUGUAUGGAAUAUAUACUAACCAAACCGUAAAAUCUUGCCCUUCAGAUAAGAAAUCAUUGCGAUGGGAAAGAGAAAGAGAGAUAGCUAUGAUUAGAGAGAGUUAAAAUUGGGUUUAUUCUAGCCCCUAUCCAGUCGAGCUUCAGCUUCAUGCUCAUGCAGCGUUAAGUACUAGAGCCCGGAAAAACUGCCAGCUGCGGCCCCUUGGCAUUAGGGCCGUUUUAUUUUUUCAAACCGCUCAAAUUUUUAGGAAAUUUUUUCCUUGCUGUCGCAACGCCAUCUCUGAUGACAAUUUUUCUCCUUACGAUGGAAAGAAGAAAAGUAAAAAAGCACCAGGUUGGCUAUGGAAAUCUCGAAGAUGGAAUUCCAAGAAUAGGGUAUGAUUGAAAGUUUCAUAAAGUGCUAUCAAAGGUUCAUAAGUUUGAUUAUCCUCGCUGGAGUCCAACAAGAUUUACUCCUACUCGCAGAGUUAAAAUAGUUUUCAGAGAAGAUCUACCAAAUUACAAAUACGAAUAUCAGUUUGAAUCUAUAGAUAAAUUGUGCUGCAAAUGGGAAUAA